AUGUUCUCGUGCAUAAUAUCCACCCCCGUCUUUUCUUUUCAGAGAGACUUGAAGCGAACUGAAACCCGCGUGGCCUCCAAGGCGUCCAUCAUAACGGAGGCAGCCGCGCGGUUUGCGACCAUCACGCAGUUGCAAGAAGAAUGCGCGCAGCAGCAAGGCAGCAGCGGCAACAGCAGCAGCAGCAGGAUGGACGACAUGCUCUAUCUGCUGGAAAGAUGGACCCUGGAUGAGUGCAGCUCAAUGAUUGACAGAUUACAGCACGUAUUGGAGGAGAAGGAAGAGGGUGUGCGGGCCGCACAACAACAGCUUGCGGCUGCACAGGCGGAGCAUGACAAGGUCUGGGCGGCUCUUGCGCGGGAGCAGAUGGAGAGGAUGAUGGCGGAGGUGGAGAGGGUGAAGCGCGAUGCUGAGCGACAACGCAUCCAGGAGGCGAGCAACGUGAAUGCACAGCGGAUCGGGGACAAGAGAAAUGAGCUCACGCAAGCACAGGCCGAAGCUGGUGUGGCAUUGCCGACCGACCAACAGGCAAUUACAGCGGCAGAGAGGAAGGUGACUCAGUUGGAGGAACAGCUUGCCACGCUGCUGGUGCAGCAAAAACGGAUGAGAGAAGAAGAAGAGAGGAGGAGGGAUGAAGAAGAAUGGAGGAAGAAGUGGCAGCAACAGCAACACAAAGUGUGGGUGCGCGCGUUGACGACAUUGCUGCAGGUGGCAGGUGAGCCGCUGCCACACACCACAAGUGCCGAGCACCUGUGGACUGUGGUGUCACAGGUGGUGGACGACGCCCUGGCGACAGCGUGGGAGGCCGGCCUUGUGCCCGCUGCUGGCCCGCCCCGACUGGCCACUAUCACUUUAUCUGCUCUCCAAGAUAUCGAGAAGCGCGUUGCGGAGAAGAAGAUCAGCUCACCUGCCGAGAUCAGAGACGAAUUCUUCUUCACGACGCCACCCAGCAGCAUCACCAAGCCCGAGAAGAACCCGUAUCUCGUCUACUGGCCGGACAAUGCCCAGUUCUUCACCGACAUAUGGCGAGAGCCACUCGCAAAACAGUUUGAGCUGAAGGCUGAUGACAUCACGCCGCAAGCAGUGAUUGCAAAGAUUCACGAAAUACCAGUGCUGGAGGUGUCCAGCAGCCGUGGGCCCCGCCCCAGGGGGCGCCAAGUGACGCUUGGCCUGCGACAAGGUCUGCCUUUGCCAAAAGCACUGCCAACAGGAUGGUCCAACGAAGCGGAGAUGUGCACCGAUAUCGCCGAGCACCUUCGCGCCACGGCUGCGCACCUCGACCCUGGUGUCGCGUUCCCGAGUGAGGUCCCAAUCAUGACGUUCAAGCCAGGCACCCGCCCCAAAACAGACAUUGUGAUGGUGGAUGGUCGCACAAACACAAAAGUGGCCGUGUUUGAGCUCACGCUAGGCGAGGAUGCUGACUCGCUUGGCCAGUUGGCAGCGUACGCACACCACGCGAUUGUGGCGAACGUGCACCGCAUUGCAGGCGAGCACGUGCCUCUGGAGGAGCUGCCCCUGCUCGCUGGGCUGGCGAUGUUUGGGCUGCGUGUCAGCCCGGUGCAGACCACCGUUGUUGAGUUUAUGGUGGCCAACGCCGGUGGAGUCGUGAAGCUGGUCGCCCACAACAUCAUCUCCAUUCCGAUGACGAACAUUGGGCAGGCUGCUAUGGCCAUUUCCUGCUUUGCGGACUUCCUCCACGCAAAGUACGCCCACGCCAUCAAGCAGAACAUUGAGCAUGGCAGCGACUUUGCGUUGAAUGUCAUGAAGCCCCAUGUGCUGCACUUCAACCCCGACAGCGGCAAAGCAGAGGCACCGAAAGUGCUCAGUUCCGUCGCCAACAAAGGAAGCGGAUACGUGUGCAAGUUCAUCAAGACUGGGCACCGUGCUGGCGACUUGCGUGCUGAAGAGAUUGAAAACAUGUGGAAGUAUGUCAACGGGCAACGCGCUUGCAGUCGCAUCCCCGCCACCAACAGCAAGAGCAGCACCACCAACACCACCAGCAGCAGCAGUGGCAGUGGCAGUGGCAAUGGCACGCAGAUGAUUGCGGUGCCCCACCUCGGGUCGACCCGCGCUCACAUUCACGAACAGCACGUCGCGCAGCUCUGCAACAGCUUGUUUCUCCUGUCAGCGGCUGGUCUCGUUCACCAUGACAUUCGCUGUGCCAACGUGGUCGUGAGCGGCGACAAAGCCUCUCUUAUCGACUUCGAACUGGCUGGCUGCGACGCCGAUGUCAUGGAGGCGGCCAAACUCAAGCCGGCUGAGGUUGCUCUUCGUACGGACCUGCCUGAGCGGUCAGCACACAUCCGUGCAGCUGGUGACGAGCGAGUGAAACGCCACAUCGAGGAUGACUGGAUCGCCCUGCUUUACGUGUGCACUCUCCGGUCUGCGCUCUACAAGAGUGCACCGCAGAGGGCACACAGGGCAACCAAGGACGCCAUGCUGGCCGCGUUGAAACAGCUCGAGCAGCAGCAGCAGCAGCAGCAACAGGGGCAGCAGCAGCAGUGGAAGGGGGAGCAGGAGAAGGAGGAGAAGCAGCAGGGUCAUUUGGUGCUGGUCGGGAUGAGCUCGCAGCUCCCGCAGUCGUGUGAUUUGCUGGGCCGCAUCAAGAACAUCAUCAAGGAGAUCCCGCUGUACGACUGA